AUGGAGGAGCUGCUGGGCACGGAGAUCGGGAAGCACGACUACGACUGGCUUCUUACUCCCCCGGGAACACCCCGUGCUCCUGCAUUGGAGGUUGCUGAGAAAGCCCCACCAUCAAAUGUGCCUAAACGGACCGUCACUAGAUCUUCCUCAACCACCAGAGCAUCAAGGCUUUCUGUUCAUGAAACAGAGAAUGGACAUUCAGCAGCUCCCAAUAGACCAGUGCGAAGCAUGUCCCGACCUUCAAACAGGUCAUCAGUGCUCACUCCAAGCAUUUCUUCUGUCAGUUCGAGACCUACUACCCCGACCAAGAGGACUAGCACUCUUCCCUCUUCAAAGCCAUCAGCUCCAGCUUCACGUCCAGUGGCAGCACGAUCAUCUACUCCAGUCAAAACCCGUCCACCUACCCCGGUCAAAACUCGUCCAUCUACUCCAGUCAAAAACUGUCCUUAUGGUUCCGGCUCCAUGGCCAACUCAACCUCUGUGAAGGCAACAUCUGCGCAGAACUCAAGGUCAUCAACUCCAACCUCUCGGCCCCGAAGCGUUUCCAGCUCAUCAUCAAGCACAGCUCCUUCAGUGAGUCAUCCCAGCUCAUCCUCUGGUAGAAUUCCUGCAAUUGUUCGUACCAGCUCUUCCUCAAGUACAGCUUCAGUGACCCGUUCUAGCUCUCGGUCGUCUACACCUACACGUCAGCCUGUCAUGCGUCCAUCAGCUCCAUCCAUAGCUCGCUCACCUUCAGUUGGGAGGAUUUCUGGUAGCAAUAACUUAACAUCUAGUGGACGAUCGGCAGCCAGCCGUGGUCGAAUGUCAGCACCUUCCUCAGCACCAUCAUCCCGUCCAAGUUCCCCAAAUACACGUCCGCGAGCUCCAGUUAGGCCACUAGAUAUUCCAGAUUUUCCAAGUGAUACUCCUCCUAACCUAAGGACAAAGCUACCAGAAAGGCCACUCUCUGCUGGUAGAGCACGGCCAGGAAUUGGUUUGGGAGCCAGGUCAACCCCGAAUGCUGAACCAGUUACCUCUGCUCCUGUGAAAAAGAUAUCUGUGCCUGCUAUUACUCGAAAUAAGUUUUCUGAUGCACCAUCCAAGACACCUUCUCUUACCAAUGGACACCAGAAUCGACAAACUGAGAGAUCUGUUAUGGACAGUCAGCCUGCUAGACCCUCUCGGUCUGCCACAAGUGAAGAAAAUGGAUUUGGCAGGACAAUAUCAAGGAAGUCACUUGACAUGGCAAUCAGGCACAUGGACAUUCGACAUAACCUGGGUGGCAUCCGAGGUGCAUCUCUAUUUCCUCAUAGCAUCCGGUCUUCUGCUCCCAAGGGCCGUUCAGCUCGAAUGUCCGAUCCCGGCCAUCACACCUCAAAUGGCGAGCACGAUGCAUACACCGACAGUGGCAGCAUCAAUGGGCACUUCUCCGGUGAUUCCAUUGGAGCUCUUUCACACUAUGGUGGGAGCUCAACUGACUCCCCAGACAGAGAAAGCAUGGGAACUAAAGAGACGCUGAGCGAACUGGAUAUGUACGGCAGCUCAAGGUACGAGGAGAUGCUACUAAGGGAGGACACGAAGAACACGGACUGGUUGCACAGCGUCGACGACAAGUCGGACCAGAGCCCCGUGUUCGAUCACCGGUUCGAGCCGCUCCCAGAGCCGUUUGGUCCGCUGUGA